AUGGCGACACCUCGCGUCCUUCGUUUCGAUGCUGAUGGUCGCCCGCUCCAUUUCUCGGUCUGGCUCCUCCGCGCGCGUCGCCUGCUAGAGAGUCAGGUCCAGUCGGGAGAGACCCUCUGGGCGCACACUGCUGGUGUUCUUCCUGCGCCCUCCGACCCCACGCCAUUAGGCCCGGACCCAGACGACACUGCCCGCGACCGCUUUGACCGCCAGCGUGCCGCUCUUACGGCGUGGACGUCGCGUGACGCUGCGGCCUGCAUCGCCCUCAGCAGCCUCCUCCCUGAGUCUGAGGAGGUUCACUUCACUCAGGUUCGCUCUGCUAGCGAGUUCCUGACUGCGAUUAAGGCCCGCUACGCUACUCCCGCUACUGUCUCUCUUGGUCGUCUUUUCCUCCCGUUCCUGUUCCCUGAUCUCGCUUCGUUUGAGCGCUCAGCUGACUUGGUCGCUCACCUCCGCUCGCUUGACUCUAGCUACCGCGCUGCCUGCACUGACGCACAGCUCGCACUGCUCCCUCCCCCGAUGGCGAUUACUAUCUAUUUCAUCGCCACUAGCCUCCCUGACCGCCUUGCCUCUGUUCGUGACGCGCUUCUUCUGAAGCACCCUAGUGAGCUCACUAUCGAGGUCCUUGAGUCCGCACUCAAGGACGUCGAGAGCAACCUUCGCUCUGUAGCCGCUGCCUCUGGUGCUGUGCCCCCCCCACUGUUCCACGGGUGCACAGUUCCACAGCUGCCCACCUUUACUGCCUCUCUAGCCACUGCUGCCACUGACGUCACUGCAGCAGCUGCUACGACUUCCUCGCGGUCCUGGAGUAGGGGCAGCAGGAAGGGCGGUUCGGGUUCGGGCGGUGGGGGUGGUGGAGGCGGAGGUGGUGGGGGUGACGUCGCGCCUGGAGGUGGUGGAGGAGCUGGGUCUGGAGAGGCGUCCCGAGCGGCGACCACUGACUCCCCUGCUGGUGCUGGCGACGUCCGCGUUCGUCAGUCGCCCCCUGGACUCCCGGCCGCGGCGGGUGGAGCAGCGGCGUGGUAUCUGGCUCAGCGGCAGCAGUAG